AAAUAAACGAAAAAAUGACUUCGAAGCAUCUCAUAAAACAGCAACAACAACAACAACAGCAACAACAAACAUUUAAUGAUGGCAAACCUUUCAAUUAUGAGGAGCUCAACGUCAUUGGCACUGGCGCUUAUGGUACAGUAUAUCGUGCCAGAGAUAAUCAUAGUGGGAAAAUUGUCGCUAUCAAAAAGAUCCGCAUACCUUUGACAGAUAACGGUGUACCUAUGUCAACACUACGUGAGAUUGCUUUACUAAAUCAAUUGAAUUCAUCAGAUCAUCCAAACAUUGUUAAAUUAUUUGAAGUUUGCCAGUUUUUGGAAAGUGAAAGUCAGCUCUUGGUUCUAUUGGUCUUUGAGCAUUUGGAACAAGAUUUGUCUGAUCUCAUAGAACGUUUGCCUAAAACUGGAAUGCCACCAACCACUGUACAGCGUUUGGCGCGGGAACUUCUAACCGGUGUUGAUUUUCUGCAUUCGCAUCGUAUUAUUCAUAGAGAUUUGAAACCGCAAAAUCUUUUAAUUUCGUCACAAGGCCAUUUGAAAAUAGCCGAUUUCGGUUUAGCGAAAACCUAUUCGGAUUUUGAGAUGAAAUUGACGUCAGUGGUGGUUACGUUAUGGUAUCGCGCACCAGAAGUUCUCUUGGCUCAAACCUAUAACAGUUCGGUAGAUAUUUGGAGUGCCGCGUGCAUUAUAGCGGAAAUGUUCUCGCGGAAAGUUUUAUUUCCAGGAACAUCAGAAGCCAAUCAAUUGGAUCGUAUAUUUGAAUUAACGGGACGUCCCACUGCCCAGCAAUGGCCGAAAAGGAUAUCAUUGUCACGUGAACAUUUUCCUUUAAGGCUUGCCAAGCAACCAAAAGAUCUCUGCCCUGCACUUUGUGAAUAUUCGAAUGAUCUACUGGCGCAAAUGCUGUCGUAUGACUUGCGUUUAAGACCCACCGCAUUGUCCUGCUUAGAACAUGAAUAUUUUCAACAGGAGCCAAUUUAAUAUUUAUUUGUAAGUUUUUCUUUUUUUUUUUUUUUUUUUUUCUCAUGUUAUAAAAAAGUCUCUAUUAUUUAAGGUAAAUGUUUAUGUGAAAAAUUUAGAUGUUCGUGUGACGUGUAUGUAUAUGUUAAGUGUAAAGUUAACCGAAACA